AUGGCUAUCGCAAGUGCGAUGGAUGAGUUUAAUCCCGGGCUGGCUGGCUGGCGACCCGAGCUCAUGGGCGGCUGUCCUCAGACCGAUUUGGCCUCAUUUGUUGUUUGUUUUCGCAUCCAGACGCCCGCCGUAUCGUGGACGCGGUAUAUCGGACUGUACAGAGAAAUGAAUGGAAAACAGGCAAUUCUGCCUUCAAAAUCAACGAUGACUUUUCUCUAUUGCCCCCAUCGCUCUGGAGAUAUCGAAUGGAUGAAUAAGAUGCAGGUUAUCGUUGCUGUGAAUCCCGGUCCAAUUUGGAUUGCAGUGAAAGGCGGUCAGACCUACUCACGCUUUUUUGUUGACUCUUUUGAUAUGAUGCUGACGAAUGCAAAGCGAAUUGCCAUCAUGCACGAGGCGAAUGUACAGCAUGAUGUAGAUUCUGCUGGUACUACUGAGAUAAGCUAA